CCGGCACCCCUCCGUGCCGCCGGACACCAUGAGCGGCCGAGUAGGGGACCUGAGCCCCCAACAACAGGAGGCGUUGGCCAAGUUCCAGGAGAACCUCCAGGACCUGCUACCCACCUUGCCCAAGGCUGAUGACUACUUCCUCCUGCGCUGGCUUCGAGCUCGGAACUUCGACCUGCAGAAGUCAGAGGACAUGCUCCGGAAGCACAUGGAGUUCCGGAAGCAACAGGACUUGGACAAUAUCCUUUCAUGGCAGCCCUCAGAGGUGAUCCAGCGGUAUGACUCGGGCGGUCUGUGUGGCUACGAUUAUGAAGGCUGUCCUGUGUGGUUUGACAUCAUUGGGACCCUCGACCCCAAGGGUCUUCUCCUGUCAGCCUCCAAGCAGGAGCUGAUCCGGAAACGCAUCAAGGCCUUUGAGUUGCUUCUGCAGGAGUGUGAGCUGCAGAGUCAAAAGCUGGGUAGGAAGAUUGAGAUGGUGCUGUUGGUGUUUGACAUGGAGGGACUGGGCUUGAAACAUCUGUGGAAGCCGGCAGUGGAGGUCUACCAGCAGUUUUUUGCCAUGGUGGAAGCAAAUUAUCCUGAGACAAUGAAGAAUUUAAUUGUUGUUCGAGCCCCCAGACUUUUCCCAGUGGCCUUCAACUUGGUUAAAUCGUUCAUGAGUGAGGAGACACGCAAGAAGAUAGUGAUUUUGGGAGACAACUGGAAGCAGGAGCUGUCAAAGUUCGUCAGCCCCGACC